UCCAAAAUGAUUUUAAUCGGCCACUAUCCUGUCACUGGAGUGAGAAGAUAAAAAAAACCGGAAUGAAACUUCUUGCUUAACUGGUCAGACCGGUCUUCUGUGAAUGAAUGAGAAGGAAAAGUAAUGAUUACGGUAGUAGAUUUUAACAGAUGAAAAGACACAAGGGGAAAAUUAUUAUUUUUUUGUUUGUUUGUUUUGUGUUAUGCUGCUUCUGUGAUAUUGUGUUCAGUGAGUGGCAGUUUUAAUAUUUAAACCCUUGUUUGUGGUAACAAAGAUCUCAGAGUGUGCAUACGGCUCCUGGCAGAGAGACCGAACACUGAUUCAUCAUAUACAUGCAUUUAUAUAACUUUUUCUCAAAAUAAAUUUGAGGACUAUAAAGGCCUAUAAUAAAAACCUCACUGAUAUAAGUGGGGAAAAACACUGAUAGGAUAUUUGAGUAUAAAACCAAUUUAUAAGCUGAUUAAAAAAAUUAUUUUGGACAUCAUAGCCAUGGAGAGGAAGUCAUGCUCAUCCCUGAUCCUGUGUUUAGUAUUAUUUAUGAUCAUGGGCUUGGUGGGAUUUAUACACAUUAAAAAGGAAAUGGUGAACAAACUAAUAAAUGAAGUAGAGUUCUCAGAGGCAGAGGUGAGAGAAAAAGAUCUGGAUAUAAAUAAUUACGGUUUAGCAGUUGAACACACACAGAAGGAAAUUGACAAUGCAGAUAAGGAGGUCAAGGAACUUAAGGAUGAGGUCGGGAAACUGAACUCUGCUAAGGAGGAAAAGGACAAAGAAGUUAAAGCAUGCAAGGAUUCAGUGGCGGGGUUGAAUAAUGAUGUUGCAGCCAUGGAGAAGGAGAAGAUUGACAUUGAUGGUAAAAAGACAAAAUGGAAUGAAGAAAUUAAUGGCCUUAAGCAGAAGCUCCAGGACCAAAGUCCAGUCUGUGCCUUUGUGAAGAAAGACGCUAACAUAAAGGACCUUUGCCCUCAAAUUCAAACUGUAGCUCAAGCAUAACGGAAAGAAAAGAUUUUGAUUAAACAUGAUAGUUACUUCAAUAUCAUUUUUGUAGGUUUGCAUCUUCAUCAUUGCUUUGGGAUAUGGAUAAAAAAAAAAAACAUUGCUCAGUGGAUGCUAUGAUAAUGUUUAUACUGUCAUAUACUUUAUAUCACAACAUGUUGUUUUAUUGCACUAUGGUAUUACUAAAAUAAAAAAAGAUCUGUUUCUUAAGAA